AUGUCAAUGCUUCCAUCUUAUAAUUCUGUAAUGAGAAAUCCAACGGUUUCGGGAACGGAACUAGUUGAAGUUGAAAUGAAGAAAUUAAGUCAACAAAAUGAACUUUUGCAACUUUUAGCAAUCAUUCAACUCACAUCACAAAGCAUUGCAAGUCUAAAUGAUGAAAUUAACAAGCAAGAUAGAUUAAAUGUUGAUCUUUCCACUUUUAGAUAUGUUUGUGAUAAUUGUAAAAAUCUCAAUAUAGGUUUAAUGUAUCAGUAUCCAGGAUUACUUGUUCCUAUUUUGGGAUUUGUGCUCAUGGUGAUUUAUUUUAAAUAA